UUGGAUAUAUCUUGUUCAAAUGUAACAGCUAUUACGGCAACCAGCAAAUCACUGUCUCAUAAAUUUCCAUUAGGUCCAUGCGUAUGACCAAUCACUAACUCCAUUGAGAAGUUUUUUCAAUUCAGAUUCUCAGCCAUUCGUUCUUUUCUCUUCCUCUCCCAACUGGCCUUUGUAGGCCACUAAGCUGAACCUACCAUUGUGACUUCUGAGGAGGAUCCAAUAUUUACUUCACCAUUUGCUAUUAAUAUUUCCAAGGGUUUCUAACUUUCGUGCCCAGGAUAGAAACGUGGUUUAAUAUCACUUUGAUCUUCAUCAGAAAUCAGGACAGACCGGGAAAAAAGAAAAAAAAAAUUAAAAACAGAAAAUGCAUAUCAAGUCCGCUUUGUUCUAACAAGCAUUAUGGAGUUGGAGAACAAAAAUAUAUAAACACCAUUUCUACGAAGAAAGAAGAUGGAAAUAUAUUGAGAAGAUUAAAGUUUCUAAGGAGAAUAAAUUAUGAAUGGUGGCAGAGGUGUAAAAAAGGGGCAGUAGCUCUCAUGACAUAAAUCUAUAGAGUUGACAAAUGGGUAACACUAUGGUUGACCACUUGGUGUUAAAAAAGUUGGAGUAUUAAUUAAAAUAUGGUUGCAUUUUCGUUGGCAAGUAAGAGAUUAUGACACUGUGAGUACGUACUUUCAUAUUUCUUUUGUUAGUCUCAUAAAUAUGUUGUCGGAGAGGAUACACACACACACAUAUAUAUAUAUAUAUAUACAUAUAUACACACACACACUAUAUAUAUAUAUAUAUAUAUACAGAUGGAUAUACAUGUAUAGGAGGGCAUGGUGUUAAGACUGCACACGAGAGCAUAAAUUAACAUAAGUUGUCAAAAGUCAAAAAUCCAAAACCAAAUCCAUUUAAUGGAAAAAGGCAGUUAAACCAACUUUUUAAAACAAACUUUUUCUUCACUUAGUUUUUGAAGUCUUCCCGUUGACAGUUACCUACUCCUCUGAAAAACCCAUCUCAACUCCCGCCAAGAAUGGAACAACUCCAUCCACCAUAAGUAACAUAUUCAUUUUCAAAACCCCCCACCCCUUCCUCUUGUUUUUUUAGUAUAAAAACCUCUUUAGGAAAACCAUAAAGCCAAUACAGAAAAACAAAUUGAUUAAUUCAUCUCAGAAAAAAGAAAAAGCUUGAAAAGGCCCAAAAAUCAAGAACCCAAUAUAUAUUUUUACAGAGUAAUUGUGUCAUGGCGUGCGAUUGUUCGUCAACUGCAAUGGCAGAGAAGAUAUCGUGGUACUGUGCUUUGUUGUUGGCGAUAAUGCUGGUGCUGAGCUGCUGCGAAUCGGGUGAGAGUAAGUUUAGAUCGAGGCUGAUGAUUAUGGAAAAAGAUAUUAUUAACAUUAACAGGCCCUGCGAUGAAAUAUACGUGGUUCGUGAAGGAGAGACGCUGCAAACCAUUAGUGAAAAAUGUGGGGAUCCAUAUAUUGUUGAAGAGAAUCCACAUAUCCAUGAUCCGGACGAUGUUUUCCCUGGCCUCGUUAUCAAGAUCACUCCUUUCAAGUUUCAAGUAUAGGUGGAUUUUCAAUUAGGAGCUUUUGUUUGAUUUUCUUCAUUGUCACCGCAUAUGUAUAUACAUAUAUAUUAUAUGUAUAUCUAAAGGUAUAUAUAUAUGGAAGAGUGUUUAGUUGACGGCAUUAAUUAUGUUAUGUUGUAUUCUCUGAAAUUUCAUGUAUUAUAUACAAGUGGUUGAUCUAUGCAACAUUAGUUAUGCUCG